AUGGAGAAAGCAGGAAACACUGCGUCCUUGCGCAGCAUGGCGCCACAUUGGAGCUUGGCUGGGGACAAACAGCUGCUUAAUGCUUUACAAGAUAUUCAUCAGAAAAUAAUAACCCGAUGCCAAGAAACUAACACAAGAUUGGAAGAAAUGAUAACCUCACUUGAUGGCGCCAACAUAGACAUGCAAAAUGUCAACAACAGAUUUAUGGCUCUGAGCACCAGACAAUUCGUUGAAAGUCGGGUCUACGACGACGAUGUGGAUGUGACGACAGAAAACCCACAAAAGCAUGAAAAGUCUACCAUUCAACCAGAGCCGGAAUCGGAUCUUGCAAAAUUGAAGCAGAGUCUCAAGAUUCUGGAAUCUAUGCACGAGAGUGUCCGAAUUCUCGACAGUGAUAGCGGGUCCGAUACGGAUGAUGAUGAUGGCAGAAUGGUUUACAAACCUAAAGACUUGUAUACCCAGAGACCUCUACCUCAUAUCAUUGGAUCGUACGCUUGGAAGAAUAAAUGGCACGCUGGCAUUAUUCCGGAGGACAGCGACACCGACAGCUCUAUAUCAAAGCCAGGCGACGACGCCAUGUUGGAACAGUACUCUGAAUCCGAAUCCGAGCAGACUGACACACGGACUGACAAAUUGCACCCGCCUCCAAGAACGAUCUCGUCAAGUAGUUCUGUAGUGGAUUCGGAGCCAAGUGGUCCAGCUGCUCCGGUCAGUCAAGCUGACAUUGCGGCAGAGUUGGCGCGCAAAUUGGGCGGGAACUUGCCUGAAAUACCUCAGACAUCAGCUGAACCAGAAUUCACCUCUCCUGAGCCGGCUCAGAAAAAAAUUUACAAACCACAAAAACCAGAAACAUCCACAAUUUUCUUUGACGAGCCGCCACCUUUAGAACAAACCUAUCAAUCCGAUAAAGAAGAGAACAACUAUGAUGAAGACGACGAUAUAUUUGCCGAGUUACACAGAAAGAAACCAUCCUUCUCUACUGCUAAUGAUCAAAGUCGUGUAAACGAAGAUUUAUUUGGUGGUUUAAAUCAUUCACGAGAUGUUGUUGAUGAUCUAUUUGGUAUAGAUAAGAAUAACUUGAGCGUAUCUAAUAAAAGUGAACAAAAUAUUGAACAAAGUAGUGAAGCGGAAAAGAAACCCAUCGGUGGUAUAUCACUCUUUGGAUCUAUUAAAGGAACCGAGAGUAUCGCUGCAGCAAUUUUAAAGCGCAAUCAACGUAAGUCGUACAGUUCAGAUGAAGAAAGUGGAAACGAAGUAUAUAAUAGUAAACAGAACCUUUCUAAAGACACAAAGGGAACUACCUCCGAAUCUAGUGAGAAUGCAAUAAAAGAAAACAAACUUGCAAUCAAAAAUAAAUCAAACGAAACUGAAAUUGAAAGAAAAACAACUUUGAAACCGGAGAAAGACGUCCUACGAGAUAUUUUUGAUAAAAACAAAAAGUCUAAACUCAGUAUCGAAAAUAAUUUAACAAAACAAGAUCCAGUUGCAAAAGAUAAUAAUAAAAUAGAUCUCUUUAGUGAUAAUAUUUUUGAUGACGUUGAUAACAUCUUCAUGGAUAAUGUUGUCAGAGCGCCUAUAAAAGAGGCUGAUAAAAAUGUUAAGUCAAUAUUUGAUGAUGAUGAUGAUGACGAUUUAUUUGCCGACAUUGCAAUUACACAACAUAAAACAUCGAACUCUGAAGGCACUCAUAACAAAGUUAAAGUUUUAUUCGAUAGUGACAAUGAUGAUGAUUUAUUUUCUGAUACGCGUAAUAAAGCUUUUGUUCAACAAGCAGCCAGUAUAAAGUCGGAGAAUAUUAACCCAGGAAGUAGUGCUAUAAUGAUCAGUAAUAAAGAAACGAAAAGUCUAUUUGAUGACAGUGACGAUGAUAUUUUCUUUAAUGUCAAAAGUAGUUCAAGUAACAUAAAUGAAGUCAAUUUAAAUGAGAGUAAACAAGAAAAGGAACCUGUUAAUAGUGUAGAUAUUACUAAAGAUACAAACUUAAGUAAAGAUGAUGAUAAUAACAACUUAUUUUCUAGAAACAGUUUCAUGGAAAGUAGUGAAUUAGGUAAUAAUACAGAAGGAAAUACCAUUACUGUAAAUAUAAAAUCCGAACAAAUAAAUAAUAAAUGCAGUGGUGAGGGAUACAUAAAUUCUACUUAUACUGACAACCAUAAUGUCUCCUUAACUCCAAACUUAAAUUCUACUUGUCAGAAUAGAGAAUGUGGUCCUGCAUUAUUUGGCCAUGAAGAACCAGAUGAUUUAUGCAAUCCACACUUAAAUUCUAAUAUUGAAUGUAGUCCUGCACUGUUUGACGAUGAAGAAGCAGAUGAUUUAUUCAAUAAUAAAAGUAAGAAAGAAAACGAAUUUGGUAGCACUUAUUUGAAUUGCGAAAAAGAAAAUGAGUCAAGAAAUAACACGAACACGAUGAACGUAGAAAGUUUGAACAACAAAAAUGAAGGUAUUCAUACCUUACCUAAUAUUCAUAUUAUUGGUAGUAUUAAUAUAACCAAGUCAGAAAAUAAAUCUGAUAUGUCGGAAAUCGUAACUUCAGCUCAAUCAAAACCAAAGGAUGAUAUUUCUCCCAUCACGGUGCAAAAACCUCAUAAUGAUAAUCUUGGAGUUAGUAAUAAAAAUGACACAUUUGACGAUAAUAUAAGUAAUUCACCUUUGCCUCAAUCGCCACUUUUCUACAAACCAGAUAUUUUUAGUGAUAUAUUUAACGAUGUUCCUCCAGAUUUCGAAAAACCAAAGGAACCUAAAAAAAGUAAAAAUGUUAAUGCACUUUUUGAUGAUGAUUCUGAUGACGAGGCACUAUUUUUUAAAAAAGACGAUAAUAUCUCUGAUGAGAAACCUGAUCUGAGUUCUCCUGCGAAACACGAUAGUUUGUUCAGGAUAUUUAGUGAUGAACCCCCAGCUAUUGAUGUGAAUGUUACUCAAAAAAAUAACGAUGUUCAAAGCACUGAAUAUGAAGAGUAUAAAAAACUUGAUUUAAAGGAUUUAGAUGAUUCAUUUAUUCACCCUAUUCAGAAUGAAAUAAAUGAUCAUAAAAAGCAGAGAAACUUACAACAGAAAGAAACAGACCUUAUCGAUGAUCUUACCGAAAAAGUUAUUAAUACUGAAAAUAUAAAAUCUAUAGGAAAAUUAAAAGGUAUGAAUUUAAAUAUCAAUGUAAAUACGCUACUGCCUGGUGCUUCUCCAAAAAAAUAUAAGCUUAUUGAAGAAAGUUAUGAACAAAACAUUUCUACAAAAAAUAUUGAUACGAACUCUUUAAUGAAAAAUACUGAAUCAAAACUUGAAAAAUCGGUCAGUUUUGAAGACGAUGCUAAUUCAGAGUUGCUUGAUAAUAAAUUCUCAAAAGAAAGAGCUAAAAUACAAGUCAAAAGACGCCCUUCAACAAGAAGAGCUCGACGCGAGGCCGUUAAGAAUUCUGAAAUCGAUUUCGGCAGUAAAAAUUCAACAGAUAAUACAAGUUCUGUAGGUAAACCUGUUGCAACACCGGAUGAAAAAGUUGAACGUACAGUAGUAUAUCAUACUGAUGAAAAAUCAAGUAAAGUAAAAGAUGUUAAAUCGAAAAUUGUAUAUAUCUUAAACGAUGAAGACAUUUUUUCAAAUGUAAAUAGUGACGAAAGCGUUUCUCAAAUUUCGAAGACGUCUGUGUUAAAUAAGUUAGAAAAUCAACAGCAUUUUAAAAGUAAUACUAUUUUGAAUUUUGAUGAUGGUGACGAUCUUUUUAGAAAUGUUAAGGUUCCUAAAGCUGAAAGUUCUGCUGUAGUCAAUUCAUAUGAAAAAGUAGAGAUUUCAAAUAAUAUGAUAAGUAACUUAAGCAGUGUUACUAAUGUAGUGGCUCAACGUAAAGUAGACAAAGAAAACAGUAAUGUUUCUAUCAAAGCCGAAGCCAAUAUUGAUAAACCUAAUAAAACUAAAAUGUCUAUUUUUGAUGAUAUGAGUGAUGAAGAAAGGGAACUUUUCCUUAGUAAAAAGCCAAUUGUCUCAAAAACGAAAAACAUUUUUGGGUCAGAAAGUGAUGAAGAGCUUUUUGCAAGCAAAAAAUCAACGGAACAGCUCGAAGAUAAGCUAAAACCGACAACUGUUAAAGUGGAAGUGAAAAAAUCGCUUUUUGACGACGACAGCGACGAUGAACUAUUUGGCGGUAAAAAGAGUAGUACAGGUAGUAAUCCAUUAUUUUCUAAAGCAAAAGAGGAAAAACCAUCUCACACACAGUCUGUUAUUGAGGAUCCAUUGUCAAUGGUUACGGACGAUAAUUUCAACAAUGACGUAUAA